AUGCCCUGGCCACUUGCCUCCCUGCUGCUGCUGCUGGCCGGCCCCUCCACCGUGCAGCCAGCACCCCCAACCUGCUAUUCCAGGAUGCUGAGCCUGAGCCGGGAAAUUGCUGGUGCCUUCCAGAGCCUGCAGGCCAUGGAGUCCUCGGAGCCAUGUGUGAGAUACCUGCCCAGACUGUACCUGGAUAUACACAAUUACUGCGUGCUGGCCAAGCUGCGGGACUUUGUGGCGUCGGCCCACUGUUGGAAAGUGGCCCAGGUAGAGGCUGUGAAGGACAAGGUGCGAAAACUGUACACCAUCAUGAACUCAUUCUGCCGGCAGGAUUUGGUGUUCCUGUCAGAUGACUGCAAUGCCUUGGAAUACCCAAUCCCAGUGACCACGGUGCUGCCAGAUCACCAGAUGUGA